AUGUCUGCCUAUAUAGUUUCUGCUUUUAACCAAUUGAUUGUUAUUGAGGGUGAUCCACCUUCCACAACUCUAGUGAGUGUUGCUGCUACUGUGUUGCCUCCCUUCGAGGGAGCUAAUAACUCAGAGUGUGUUGUGGAGUGUAAAGAUGGUAUAUUGACUGAGUUUUGCAGCUGCCGCUUGAGGAAGAGAGGUUUGCUAAGCAUCAAUUUACCUUCUGGAGGUAUGGGUGGGACAUUUAUUGUUGAUCAUUUCCAUACGAGAAACCAUGGUAUAAAUUUUGUUGCCAAGCUACCUCCUUCCAGCAGGGAAGUGAAAAUUAUCCUCGAUGAUGAUGCUAAACGGUGUGAGGGAGUAAUUGGGUGCAAGAGCAGCCUAUUGUUUCGAAGUGCUCGGCGUCUUCGUCGUUUGAACAUCUUCAAUGCGAAACUUCGUUGGACUGAGAAGGACAUGCAGCAGUAG